AUGGAUCCGACUAACACUGAGAAUACCAAUGCGGCAAACCAGAAUGGGAAUAAACAAAGGAGAGUACUUGGCUCUUUCUCUGCUCCUACUGCAGAUCUAUAUGGAAAGAGCAUUGUGGUGCCUCCUAUUAUUGCGAACAACUUUGAGUUGAAGUCUCAACUGGUCACUCUAGUGCAACAAAACUUGAACUCUGAAACCCCUCAGAAGAGAGGCGUGUUGGAAGUAGAAGCUAUUAAUGCUCUUCUCGCUCAGAACAAGCUGAUGUCUCAGCAAAUAAAUCUACUUACUCACCAGAUGGGUGGCAUGCAAAUAUCAGCUAUCAACACACAAAAUCCACCACAGGAAGUCUCAUAUGACAUGGCAGGUUUUAGACAGGAAACCAGAGCAUCCAUCAAGAACCUGGAGAUUCAAAUGGGUCAAAUAGCCACCAAAAUAAUGACUAUUGAGGAAAUGGCUGGGAUGGAUGUCCUCUACAGUGAUAAAACUUUAACAUUGACAUUGAAUAAGCUCAUUGUUGAUAGAAACUUGAUUGAGCUAUUUACUAAGGGUGUUGAGAAGGAGUAUGUUAUCCUUCUUACUGCAAGGGCCUCUAGGACCGAAUAUCAGUAUGCUAUAGAUGCUGCAAUUGUUGGGACGUUUGCUGAUCCAAAGGAGGCUCAUGCCAGAAUCAGGGGGGUCCAUUUUCUUCCAUUCAAUCCUGUAGACAAGAGGACUACUCUAACUUACAUUGAUUUUCAUGGAAAUUGGCACCGUGUGAGCAAAGGCGCUCCGGAGCAGGUAAAAAAACCCUUUGCAACUGCAAAAAAUGAUGUUAGGAAGAAGGUUCAUGCAGUGAUUAAUAAGUUUGCCAAGCAUGGACUUCGGUCUUUAGGUGUUGCAAGAUACAUAUUGUAA